AUGUCUGAUCCGGCGAUUAAGCUUUUUGGGAAGACAAUUCCUUUGCCUGAGCUUGGUGGUGAUUCUUCUGUUACCGAACAACAUCAAGAACAUAAUCUUGUUCGGUUAUCAGAUUCGUGUACCGGAGAUGAUGAAGAUAUGGGUGAUUCCGGUUUAGGAGGAGGAGACGGUGGUGGCUUUCCCGGUGGAGAUAACGAGAGUGAAAAGGAAGAAAAAGAAAAUGAGUGUGAAGAAGAGAAAGGAGAAGAGUCACUGAAAGACGAGUCUCAAAACGUUACAACGACUUCUUCUUCGGGUAUAACAGAGAAAACAGAAACACCAACAAAAGCUGCUUCAAAGACGGAUGAAGAUUCAUCGUCGUCACAGAACAACGGGACUUGCUCUCAAGAGGGGAAGCUAAAGAAACCGGACAAGAUCUUACCCUGUCCGCGAUGCAACAGCAUGGAGACCAAGUUCUGUUACUACAACAACUACAACGUUAACCAGCCUCGCCACUUCUGCAAGAAAUGUCAGAGAUACUGGACUGCCGGUGGAACGAUGAGAAACGUUCCGGUCGGUGCAGGGAGGCGCAAGAACAAGAGCCCGGCUUCUCAGUUUAACCGUCAUGUGAGCACGGAAGCUAUGCAGAAGGCGGCAAGAACAACCACCGAUCUUCAACAGCAACAUCCUAAUGGCUCUAAGCUUCUUGCUUUCGGCUCUGAUUCAGUCCUCUGUGAGUCUAUGGCUUCUGGAUUGAAUCUUGCUGACAAGAAGUCGAUGAUGAAGACGCAAACCGAACCCGUUGAAGGUUUGAAGAUCACGGUUCCUAACGAGGAGGCAGGAGUGAUCAGUCCAUUGCCUAAAGUACCAUGCUUUCCAGGACCACCACCACCUACUUGGCCUUACGCUUGGAACGGAGUUUCGUGGACGGUUGUACCGUUUUACCCUCCGCCUGCUUACUGGAGCUGUCCCGGUGUUUCGCCGGGAGCUUGGAACGGCUUCACCUGGAUGCCUCAACCCAUUUCACCUUCUGGCUCCGGUCCAAACUCUCCAACACUUGGUAAGCAUUCAAGAGACGAGAACGAUGCUGAGCCAGGAACAGGUUUUGAAGAGAGUGGUAGAGAGAAAAGCAAACCGGAGAGAUGCUUGUGGGUUCCCAAGACGCUGAGGAUCGAUGAUCCAGAGGAAGCUGCUAAAAGCUCGAUAUGGGAGACGUUAGGGAUCAAGAAAGACGAAAAGGCUGAUACUUUUGGAGCUUUCAGGUCGUCAAGCAAAGAAAAAAGCAGUUUUUCCGAAGGGAAACUUCAGGGGAGACGACCGGAGUUGCAGGCGAAUCCGGCUGCUUUUUCUAGGUCAGCGAACUUCCAUGAAAGCUCAUGA